GAAAUCGAACAUGGAAGAACGAAGAAGUGAGUCGAAACUGAAUAGGUGUUGGUUUGAGUGAUUAGUUUUGAAUUGAAAUUCAAACUGUUUCAAUAAUUUCUUGCUUCAAAAGACAUUUUCAAUUAAUUAAUCGUUUGAAGUUUGCAGAUUACAAUUGAAUUGAUAGGUCGGUUGGUUAGUAAAGAUAAGGCUUCAUCGUUUCCAAACUUGCAGCCGAAUUCUUAUCUUGAUUCCUCCUAUCCGGAAUACAGUAAUUUUUUAUCACGUACAUUUUACUUAUUUUCCAUUAAAUUUUAUCCCCUGUGUAUAACUAAAAUUAUACUGAUUCAGCAACAUCUCAAAUGAAGAAAGUAAACCGUAAAAAAUACAAACCUAUCAGUUCGAUAUGUCGGCGUUAGAGGUUAGAACUGGAGACCCGUUUUUAGGCGGAAUGCUAAAUAAAUCCCAGCGAUUAAUGUUGGGACUGUUUGUGCUAUUAUUAGUAGAUGUGAUAUGGGUUUCAUCAUCGGAACUGACAAAGUACAUCUACAAGAAUGCGAAGUUCGAAAAGCCUUUCUUCAGCACGUAUUUGAAGACUUCCAUGUUUUCCGUUUACUUGCUGGGAUUAUGUCUUUGGCCACCAUGGAGAGACCAAUGCAACAGACCUUCAAAUUACAUGUACAUUGAACCUGAUAUGGACGAUGAGAGUUUUUAUACUGAAGCAAAUACUAGUCUUAGUGAUCCCACAUUCGUGCCGAUCAAGUUUCCUGAAAGAAAUGAAAGAAACUCCGGCACUGAGAGUGAUGACUCAUCAGUGCAGAGAUCCGUUCGAUUUAGCAAAUUGGCAGAGGUACGCCACAUGUCUGAGUCGGAUGCGAAGGAGGCGCUGCUGGCGCGGCUGUCGUAUCAGGCCAGUCUGCGAGCCAAUGACGCGGCGCGUCGACAAGCCUGUAAACUGGGCGUCGACAAGGUGGCCAAACUGGCGCUUGUCUUCUGCCUGCUUUGGUUUGUCGCCAACUACACAUUCCAGGCAGCGUUGUCGGAGACAGAGAGCGCAGUGGCGACCGCUCUCUCCUCUUCGUCUAGUCUGUUCACGCUGCUGCUGUCUGCACUCUUCCCCUCCAACCUGGGUGAUCGCUUCUCUCUCUCCAAACUGGUCGCCGUCUUUGUCAGCAUCUGCGGAUUGAUCCUUGUUAGUCUGUCCGACAUGUCGACAAAAGUGCAAGUUCCUUUUGGAGCAAUACUAUCCCUGAUUAGUGCUUUCUUUUAUGCGUGCUAUCUAGUCUUGUUGAGGCGUAAAGUUGACCAUGAAGAUAAAAUGGAC